GGAUCGUUUGGCAAACAAAAUUUUUCGCUCAGUUUCGAGGAAAAUCGCGACGCGCCAACUUGGGAAAUGCGUUGUGUCGUGUUCCACGAAGAAAAUCAGCGAGACUAAGGCACGAAAAACCCGCAAGGAUUAGCCUAAAGAUCUGCAUGAAAAUAAUAAUAAUUGCAGACAAAGUGUGACCAAAGUGAUAUAUGUGUAUGCCUUUCGUUUAGCGUCCGCUCACUCAGAUUCAGAUUCUAUUUCUAUAUCCGUUUUGCUAUUUUAGCUCGCGUUUGUUUUGUGGGUAAUUAGCACAAAGUGUCGAGCAAUUUUCUGACUCAAUUGAAGUGCGCCCUUUGCCAAGAUACAAAUAUACUUAACAUAUGUGAAAAACAAUGUGAUGACUUAAUGAAAAGUUAAUACGUCUCUGAAUAAUUGCACCAAAUUGAAAUAUUAAUUGUUCGGCAUUUAUUUUGUGUGUGUCGAGCAUAGCGAAUGGUUGGCAAAAAUAUAGUAAAGAAAAUAAUAAAUAAAAGUUGUCUCUAUCUCGCUAUUGGCAUUGCCUGGCUAAAAAUACAAGAAAGUCCACAGCUAUACAAUAUAACAACAAAUUUUAUUUAUUGCCUAAAUAUAUUUGUAUAUUUUCAUGUGUCCCGCAGUGUGUGUGUGUGUGUGCGAUUUUACGAGUGUGUGCAUGAGUGUCCAUAAAGACGCUAGGCAAAGGCGUAUAAUUUUCCAAAUUCUUGUGCUAGUAACACUUUCAGCACCAGCGAAAAAUCAAGCCAUUAAAAAAUAUAUAUCCCAUGCUAAGGAAUCGCAAAAAGAUCAACAACAAAAAUAUAAAACACAUUAAAAUUCAUACAAAAAAUUCAAAACAAAAGCCGAAUAAAUAAUCUAACAAUAUGUCGGCCUCCACGCGAAGUUCGGUGACGAGAAAAUCGUCGCUAUCCAAAAGUGCCAGCGCAGACAAAUCCACAAAAUCCUCAACGAGUUCAGCCAAAAACCCACCGACAGCCACCACUGGUAACAAACAGAAAAUGCAGUACACAAAAACCAAGGAGCGGAUGGUAGAUGAUGUGCCUCUGCCACCCACCCACAAAUUGACCAUGUCGGAGGUCUACGAUGAUCCCAAGACAGGAAAGCCCAACUUCGAUGCACUGCGUCAGCACUUUUUGUUGGAGGGACGUGUCGAGGAGGCCGUGGCCUUGAGAAUCAUCACUGAGGGUGCUGCCCUGCUGCGUGAGGAGAAGAAUAUGAUCGACGUGGAGGCACCCAUUACCGUCUGCGGUGAUAUUCACGGACAGUUCUUUGACCUGGUUAAGCUUUUCGAAGUUGGUGGACCACCUGCCACCACUAGAUACCUCUUUCUUGGCGACUAUGUGGAUAGAGGUUACUUUAGCAUAGAGUGCGUUCUAUAUCUGUGGUCUUUAAAAAUAACCUACCCCACCACACUGUCCCUCCUGCGAGGAAAUCACGAGUGCAGACACCUGACAGAGUACUUUACCUUCAAACAGGAAUGCAUCAUCAAAUAUUCGGAAAGUAUUUACGACGCCUGCAUGGAGGCGUUCGACUGCCUGCCCCUAGCCGCCCUCCUCAACCAGCAGUUCCUCUGCAUCCAUGGCGGCCUGUCGCCCGAGAUAUUCACACUCGACGACAUCAAGACGCUGAAUCGGUUUAGGGAACCACCGGCCUAUGGUCCCAUGUGCGAUCUCCUUUGGUCCGAUCCUCUGGAGGACUUUGGCAAUGAGAAGACCAAUGAGUUCUUCUCCCACAACUCAGUAAGAGGAUGCUCGUACUUCUUUAGUUACUCGGCCUGCUGUGAGUUUCUGCAGAAGAACAACCUGCUUUCGAUAGUCAGGGCUCACGAGGCUCAGGAUGCUGGAUACCGCAUGUAUCGAAAGAACCAGGUGACUGGCUUCCCCUCACUGAUCACUAUUUUCUCCGCCCCCAACUAUUUGGAUGUUUACAAUAACAAGGCAGCUGUGCUCAAGUACGAGAACAACGUGAUGAACAUUCGUCAAUUUAAUUGCUCACCGCAUCCCUACUGGCUGCCCAAUUUCAUGGACGUAUUUACAUGGUCGCUGCCCUUUGUGGGUGAGAAGGUCACCGAGAUGUUGGUCAACAUCUUGAACAUUUGCUCCGAUGACGAACUGGUGGCUGGACCCGAUGAUGAGCUGGAAGAAGCUUCCAUGUCGGCGCUGCGCAAAGAGAUAAUACGGAAUAAGAUACGGGCCAUUGGCAAGAUGUCGCGCGUCUUCUCCAUUCUCAGGGAGGAGUCGGAGAGCGUGCUCCAGCUGAAGGGUCUAACGCCCACGGGUGCCUUGCCAGUGGGUGCUCUGUCCGGUGGAAGGGAUUCCCUCAAGGAGGCCCUUCAAGGACUCACCGCAGCCACGCAAAUCCACUCGUUCGCCGAGGCCAAAGGCAUGGAUGCGGUCAACGAACGGAUGCCGCCGCGCCGCCCGCUGCUGAUGAGUGCCAGCAGCAGCAGCAUCACCACGGUCGCCAACAGCAGCAGCAGCAGCAGCAGCAACAAUAACAACACGACGACAAAGAACAGCAACAGCAGCAGCAGCAACAUCAGCAGCAGCAGCAGCAGCAAAAACAGCAGCAGUAAUGACACCACAACAGUGACCAAGACGAGCAGGACAACUGUGAAAUCGGCCACCACCAGCAAUGUGCGGGCAGGAUUCACCUCCAAGAAGUUCUCAUAGUUGAAGGACUCCAUGACCUGCUCAAUACUAUUACUUAUCAUUUUCGUUUCGACUUUCUGUUACCCAUUUAGUUGUACUUCUCGUUAAGAUAAGGUCAGACACAUGUAAAUAUCUAUAGCAAAUGUCAGUAAUUUUCAAAAUUAGAGCCCUUGUAUUUUGUAAAGAUGGAAGAAAAUUGUUUUAUUGUGUCUGAUCUUAGCUUUAGUUAAAAUUUUAUACCAGAAAAGUUCUCUUAUGCUAGUCAAAACCAAAAAAAAAAGAAGAGAAAUUUGUGACCCUCAGUUGUACAGCUUUUAAUUGUAGGCACACUUUCUAUAGAAUAUAUCCCAAGGCAAAAAAAAACACUCAUUUUCACCUGCAAUAUUAGCAAAAAUUUAUACGUGACAUGAAAAACAGUUCAAUAAAUAUUGGCAGCAAAUAGUGCAAUA